GGGAGACCCGUGUCUGCUGCAGAUUGAUGGCUGUGUCCUUGGAACAGAGGUGAAUUCUGCCUCCACCUGCUGAACGCAGAGCUACGCAGAGGCACCAGCUUGAAGUAGCCGAAGCUCUCCUAGCUGACCCCUAGUCCAUACCUCCAGGGCCCAUGGCUCUUUCCAGCUCUGAUGACCCCAGCAAUGGGUGUUACUUGGGGUCCUCCUCACUAUGGAGAACAAAGAGCAUUCCUGGGGGUUCCAGCAGCCACUGAGGCUGAGGAUUCAGACUUUCAGGAGGCCCAUGGAAACCUGCUUCCUCCUGGGCUUCCUUCCCAAAACUCCCACCCCAGGACCUCCUUGAACUUGUCCCUGCUGGACCACAGAAGAAAUUACCUCUGAGACAUCACAUGCUGGAGGCCCAGGGGCAGCUCUGGCUUCCUAACCAGUCUCAGACCUAGACAGGGCUGAAGUUUCCUUAGAAGAAGUGCCAGGACCUUUAAAGGGCACCUUUCAUCUCCUCACCCCCGCCCCUCCCACCUCUCAGACACAGCACCAAGAGGAAGCAUCCAGCAGACAUGGGUGAGAGGGGCACAAAAGAUCUGCAGGGACCCUUCCAGUACCUGCUGACAGUUGCUCCAGCUCCAUCCUGGUCUCCUUUCCUUCUCAAGUUUUGAUCAUCUUUACAGACCCUGGGGGACCUCAGCUGGGUUUCUUGCCCCCUAGGCUCCAAAAGGGGACUUCCUGUGGAUCUUGGGAAGUCCUUUGGUGCUUAGCAGUUUGGGCCAUGAUACCAUCUGCUCAGACACCCCACUUUCACAACGCAGGCCUCUGAUGUAGCUGCCUUCCUGCGCGCUCACUGUGGGACCCACAGACACAAGCCCGAUGGGCACCCUUCAGCAGUGCUGGUGCCAGCUACCCCAGAUGGGUGACACCUGGGCCCAGCUUCCUUGGCCUGGACCCCCACACCCAGCAGUGCUGCUGGUCUCCCUCCUUUUGGCAACUGGGGUGAUGCACUCAGAUGCGGGAACCAGCUGCCCGGUCCUGUGCACGUGCCAUAACCAGGUUGUGGACUGCAGCAGCCAGCGGCUCUUCUCUGUGCCCCCAGAUCUGCCAAUGGACACCCGCAACCUCAGCCUGGCCCACAACCGAAUCUCGGCUGUGCCGCCCGGCUACCUCACAUGCUACAUGGAGCUCCGGGUGCUGGAUUUGCGCAACAACUCUUUGAUGGAGCUGCCCCCAGGCCUCUUCCUCCACGCCAAGCGCUUGGCACACCUGGAUCUGAGCUACAACAACCUCAGCCAUGUGCCGGCAGACAUGUUCCGGGAGGCCCACGGGCUGGUGCACAUCGACCUGAGCCACAACCCGUGGCUGCGCAGAGUGCACCCCCAGGCCUUCCAGGGCCUGGUGCAGCUCCGAGACCUGGACCUCAGCUAUGGGGGCCUGGCCUUCCUCAGCCUCGAGGCUCUUGAGGGCCUGCCGGGGCUGGUGACCCUACAGAUCGGGGGCAACCCCUGGGUGUGCGGAUGCACCAUGGAGCCCUUGCUGAAGUGGCUACGGAACCGGAUCCAGCGCUGUACUGCCGAUUCUCAGCUGGCUGAAUGUCGGGGCCCCCCUGAAGUGGAGGGCGCCCCCCUCUUCUCUCUCACGGAGGAGAGCUUCAAGGCUUGCCACCUGACUCUGACCCUGGACGAUUACCUCUUCAUCGCAUUUGUGGGCUUCGUGGUCUCCAUCGCUUCUGUGGUCACCAACUUCCUCCUGGGCAUCACAGCCAACUGCUGUCACCGGUGGAGCAAGGCCAGCGAAGAGGAAGAGAUUUGACGUAGGUGCCUGUCAUCCCUCCAUGCUGCCAACUGCCACUGCUGCUGACCACCGGACACCCUCCCCGGCCGCCCACUCUGGUUCCAUAGAGCCCCGUCCACCUCAGUCAUAGCUCAAACAAGUUCAGGAAACUUCGUGUGAGCCUCUCUCCACUUUGGACCAGGCACUGUACUAGGAAGUAGGAAUGUAAGACAAAUCCGACUCGGUCCCUGCCUCAAGGCACGUACUUCUAGUAGAGGAGAGAAAUUCAGAAACUAUCCCUUUAUGACAAUAUUUCGGUACUCUGCGCACACAGUUACGGAAGCCCAGAGGAAGGCCAUCAACUGUGCCUCACUGAGUCGAGGAAGAAUUGCAAGAGUGGAGUGAUUUAUGAAACGGUCAUCAAAAAUAUCUACUGUGACUUAUGUCCGAAGGGUGGACAUAAGUGAGUGACAGAGGCCAGGAUACUCAUGGAGUGUUGAGAGCAGCGGACUAUUCCCUGUGGUGUUAGUAAAUCCCAGGGGUGUGGCACAGAACCAAAAAUUUCCCUCUGACACUCAAUCUGUCUGCUCUCACUGCUGCCAACCAUUGCCACCUGGGAGUAAGAAUACCUCCAUGCCAGCCCCCUUGACCUGCUCCUACCAGCAGCUCCCUAGUGAGACCACCUCCCAGGGGCUGCCCCCAAUACCACACCACCAACUGUAGCCUGCUAGUGAGGCCCAGGCAGCAGGCUGAGGAUGGACUCCCUCAGUGCCUGUCCUCCCACCCCUGUCUUCUGCCUCUCACUCAGCCUUGGUGUCAGAAGAGGAAGGCAGGAGGUCCCGCAAGUGGGCCGCAAGAGUCCUGGCACCCUGGGACCCCGGUUCUGUAACUGCUCUUGCUGUGGUGCUCACACCAAGGGAUCUCACCAGGAAAGUUCACUGUGGGCUACAGACCCAUAGCAUGACAGUCCCCAGGGCUGAAGGAGGACAAAGCCAACACAGUCAUGACCACAGGAGGGUUUGUAUUUUCUUCUAAGCAACUCACCCAUGUAAACUUUAGGGUAGGAGAGCUAUUAGUUACUGAGCACUUACCAGUGGUAGACACUGUGAUGUGGUCUCUCCACAAACAACUCCCUUUAGCACACACAACAAUCUUUUAAGGGGAACGUCAUUGUUCCUAUUCUAUAGACGAGGAGAUGCAGACUCAGAGAGGUUGAAGGCUUGUACUACUUCAUGAUCAAAAUAAAGCCUGUGCUCUUCUUCAAAUCCCCAUCCAAGUUGGGGAACAUCACAAUUCCCUCUAAAGCUACAUGAAUUCAGACUCAAGCUGUGCUGAUAACAUCACCUAAAAGGGCCAGGCAUUCCUCUGGGUACUUUUCUAUCUAUUGACUCACUGAUUUCAAUUCUUAACAGCAACACUGCCUGCUGGGUGUCAUUAUUCCCAUUCUUCAGAUCAAUCAAUUGCUGAUUGCUGAGUCGCUUACCCAAGGUUAUCAGAGAAGCCCUAGAAGGAAGGUGAUAGGCAACUCCAUUCAGGGAAACUGCAUCUCCUCAGUCAGUCAAAACCCAAGUGACUGUGCAAAGCACAACUCGCAUCAUCAUUGUCACCAUCUCCAUCCAACCACCAGUUUCAUCAGCUUCAUCACAACCUCUCCUGGAUAGUUCAGCACUGAAUAGUUCAGGAAGUGCUUUUGCAUCUUUCUCCUUGACUUUCCACAAUGCUGUGCAGGAAGCAAACCAAAUAUCAAUAAUCCUAUAUUACAGAUUGGAAAAUAGAAGCUCAAGAUUGGGUAUGACUUGCCCAAAGGGCAAGGUUGGACUCAACUCCAACAUGGUUCUCUUUCCAGUGCUUCUCUUGCCAGGUACUUGGGAAAGAGAGUGGAGGACUGGGAGGUGGGGCUCUGGAGUUCACCAGUCAUGAACAUGCUAGUAGAUCAGUCCAAUAAAGGGAGGAGAACCCUGUGCAGAAAUCGAGAUAUGCUCACAGUGCAGCAAAUUGUAGCCUCUUAUAAAGACAGGUAGCAGAGGUAACAUUUGAAAGAGAGAUACCUGCUUUACACCGUGUGAAUAAAGCAUUAGAUCUGGCCUUGGAGGGUGUCAUGUAAAAAGUAAGGUCUUUGGGAAAUAGGAAAAGAAGCUGUACUAACCACUCCUAGAGAAGCCCUGGUGUAUUGUCUAUCAGGAGAUACCAGGGGAGCAGAAAAACCGUAGGUGGGAAACUUUUCAGGAUGCAGGAAUUCUAAAGCACAAUCCAACAUGUGGGCACAACUGGCCAGGGUAAAAAUGAAAACAGGGGCUUUCUACCUUGCCCCAAGUCCCAGCAGGUUCUCAUCAUCCCAAACUCCUGGUAGCCCUGAAACAGAUUAAGGAGAACAUACCAUCUUCCAAGAAGUCUCCCACCACUCAUCUGCCCUGAGCUAGUCAAUCAAAAGGGUCCCCAUGAUCGUGAACCUCAUAUCCGCUGAGUCUCACUUAAAUCAUCUGGGCAAGUCCUGCCCCUCUGACAUCUGAAGCAGAACUGUGUCCUGUUCUCUCCUUCCACUAUGGUCCAGGAUGGUGGACUUAAGUUGUUCUCCAGUCAAGGACAGCCUAAAGUAUUUGGAGAGGAACUUUGAGAAGUAAUGGUCUUGAUAAAAGAGUUAAGCUUCUCGUAGAGGAACACCAUAGUCAUCUAUAAUAAUCUCCUGGGGACUAUGGUUUGCUGAAAUAUAGUUAAUAUAUUUUAAGAUAUGUACUUUUUUCUCUUUUUUGUACAGAACUAAUGGUGUCCUUUGCAAGACAACAAAUGUAUUGAGAUAAAAUGUCCUUCCUAGUGGGACAAUUUGAUCUUCACUAGUGGCAAAGCUUUCUGAGCAACACACAUUUCUUCAGCUGCUAGAAGGUCCCACUUAACUAAAGUGCAAUGAGGAAAAUAAUCAACCUCCCUGAUAGCAAGGAAUUCACCCACCACCACCAUCAUCUUGUUCUGGCUUCAGAACUAAACUUCUAGAAAUAAUCUACCAAUCCUGGUUGGAAUUAUUCCCACAACUCUGGUGACCACAGACUUUAUGGUGUCCCCACAAGGCUCCAUUCAGUUUGUUCCACACUGGCUGACAUGUAGAAUAUCUCUACAUCUGUAUGUCUGUCUGUACAGUUCUACAUUUGUUGGUGAUCUACUGACUUGGGGAUGAUCCUUCUGGAAUUUGGGUUCAGUUUUCUGACACAGCUUGCUCAUCCAUCUGGCUGCUACGUUGUUCAGUAUACAAAGAUGGGGGCCCACCAUUUUUGAAGUGGGUCUUGCUGCUCAAAAAACAUUCUAAGAGGAAACUCUGUGGAGGAGGCAUCCUUAGAACCUGACUCCUCCGUCCCUGCUUCCCUCUGUCCCUUCUAUCCCUCAGAGGCUGUCCUUGUCACAGAAGCUCCCCUCAUGCUGGGCCUGAGAAUAUCAAAACUUAACUAACCAGCUAAGUAUGAUGGUCAAGGUUUGGCCAAGAACAUUGUUCCUUUGAAAGGGUCCCACAUCGGUAGCAUGCCACUCUAAAUCUGUCAACUCCAACUACCCUCAAACAAGCUCUCAUCUCUUUUUCCAUUCUUGCCAAAAUCCCCAAGGAAUCUUGCCAACAUAGAUCCCCAGAGAUGCUGUAGAGUUUCAUGGCCCCUUUCAAGGAGCUAAGUGUAUGAAAUUUGAAGAGACUGAGAUAGACCUUUCUCCUCAACCAUCAGAACUCAUCCCCCAUGUUCUCGGUAGGCAUCUUUACUGACAUCCCAGUGGUAGAGGAUCAGGAAACACCAUUGUUCAUUCUUCAAAAGGACAUCUUCCCAAAGCUAGAGAAACUUGUCUGCUCUUCCCACCCCAGAAAGAGGUGAAAGGGAAGUAAAUGAGGCAAGUUGCAAGGUCCUUUUGUAAAUCACCAUCACAUUUGCCACAGCACUGGUUGGAGAGCUGGAAACACAGAGCUCUCAGUUUUUCUAAGUGCUGAUAUC